AUUUUCCCUUCAUUUACGCUCCAGUUCUAUAACUCCCCAUGGAUUUAGGUUUCCGUCUCCUACAUUUCUUCCAGCCAGUACCAAAUUCUUCCGCCCAUCCCAGUAGCGCAACACCAUGUUCUCUUCAUUGCUGGCCUCUGUUUCUAGCAUUGUCACAGUUUUCUCCACACCGGCUGCCAUCCAUUCUCUGCUCCAAUUCGACGGCAAAUGGGGCAUUCAUGGCUUCUUCUCCUACACAUACGCAUAUGAGAUUCAGAUUCCUUAUCACUCAUCAUUCACUAACUUGAUACAGGUGAUUCGUAAUAUGGUCCCAUCAUCCUAUGAGAAUUCUGUUUUUAAGAUUUCGCACGUCUCUGAUUCAUGUUCAAGUCAUGUUGUGAUCGACGAUGAUACGAGCCUUUACGCAUACAUUCGGUUGAAGAGCACUCACUGUGGGGUACGCGAUUUCCCUUUGUGUGUUGAAUUAACUAAUUUUUCAGAAACUAUCGUUUCUGAAGGGGGUUUAGUCCUUUGGAAGUUACAUCAACCUCUCCUUUGUCAUCAUUCCGUCACCAAUUCAAGCGACUGCGAAGUUACAGAAUCAGACGCCUCUCUCUCUGAUUUUGAAGAAAACCGAAGAAUGUGCAGUUUGGAUGAAGACAAUAUACCAAUCCAGCGAUUUUCCCCUGGCUCGGUAUUCAACACAUUUCGGGGAGAUGAAAUACCUGAGAAUAAUGUCCAAACCAGCGAGCUUGACUGCAAUAACUAUCUUCAAUCGAACCCAUCUUCUUAUAGAAUGUCUCUGCAGGAGAUUGCAACAAUGAAGGAGAUGCACGUUACAUCUCGGUUCGAUCCAACUAGAAUUGCUGUUGAUGCCAUUUAUGCCAGCAAAAAGGACCUUGACAUCCGUUUGAAGAUGUUAGCAAUCUCAAAAAGGUACAACCAUGAACAUCAAUGCCCUAUUGAUGCUCGACAAGGCACAACACGUCAAGCUACGUAUCACAUUAUUUCAGAGCUUGUAAAACACAAAUUUUGUGAUGCAACAACGAAGCCGUUCCCCUUAAAUUCUAUUCUCAGCGACAUGCGUAGGGAGCACGGAAUUGCAAUGACUUAUAAGAAGGCGUGGUUUGCAAAAGAGAAGGCCCUGAAAAUUUGUUUUGGGACAGUACAAGAUUCUUAUGCUUCUUUGCCAUCCAUGUGUUUUAUGCUGAAACAGGCUAAUCCUGGUUCUUUGAUUGAACUCACUACUACGCCUGACCACUUUUUCAAAGUUAACCAAGCCCUCAAGCACCGUCCUGUGGAAUAUAUUGUCUCAGACAAGCAUGAUGGAAUUAUCAAGGCAGUUAAAUCGGUUUACCCUAAGGUGGGCCAUGGCCAUUGCAUAUUCCACAUAUUUGGAAACAUCAAGACUAAUUUCAAUGGAUCUGAAAAGUCCUUGUCUUGGAAGUUUUAUGGUGCUGCAAGGGCAGCUUCUGAAGUAGAGUGCGACCGAUAUUUGAAGUAUUUGGACAGAGAUGACCCCAGAAUUAUUGGUUACUUGAAAUCUAUCGGGAAAGAGAAGUGGGCCAGAUCAUGCUCGAAUCAACGUUAUUCUAUAAUGACCUCUAACCUUGCAGAGUCCAUGAACAAUGUUGAUGCUGUCCCCCGUGAAUACCCAAUUUCACAACUUGUUGAUUUUCUAAUUGGAAGGACUCAAAGGUGGUUUCACGAACGUAGGGAUUUAGCAAACUCAACGUCAUCUACUUUAACAAAGUUCUACGAGUCGGAGCUAAAUGAACUACAUUCCGCCUCAGCUGUUAUGGAACUGGACCAUUUUGUGUGUGUUCAUGCGGUCGCUGCAACGUGUUGUCGAAGCAGUUUGUCUUGCUAUGAUUACGUCUCAUCCUUUUACACCACUACUGCAUGGAGAGCUACAUAUUCAGGCAUCAUACACCCCAUCCCAUCUAAAGAAUCUUGGGUUGUGCCCGAUGAGGUCGCAGAGGUUGUUUGCCUCCCACCAUCAUGCGAUAAACGUCCUCCUAGAAGGCCCAAGAAGCGAAGGAUCCCGUCCAAAGGUGAGCAUGCUAAGCGCCAGUCGUGCUCACGAUGCAAAUCUCAGGGUCAUAAUAGGAAGACGUGCACUAAUCCCAUUUAUUUGAGUCGUGAUUGACUCCAUAUCAAGACGCUAUCAAGACAAUUUUGUGGUUGAUUCGUGGGUUUGUUUAGUCUGGUUUUACCGUUUCAGUGAACACAUACAUUUAAUAUCAUUAUGGUCAUUUCUAUGCCUCUCCUUUAUCAUUUCAUCCUCUCAAUUACGGAAAUUUGUUUACAUAACAUUUAAGCAUAAUGACUUCCUCCAUAUAUGUAACCAUUUCUUAAAUCUCCAAAUGUAUGAUUACUCCUCAUUUUCCAUUUGCAUUUACUCAACAUUAGGUCGUUAAU